AUGAGGGUUUAUUUGUUCUUUUUCGCUGUUUUGGCUCUGCUUAUAGUGGGCAUUCAUGCGGCAGAGUCAGAUAGGGUUCUUUUCCCUUCCUGUGCAAUUACCUGUGACAGGACAUUGUUCUCCAAUUGCUCAUUAAGCAACGAUACAUCAUGUUUCUGUGCAAGUAGCUCUGGUCCCACAGCCCUGUUGGAUUGCGUUCAAACCAACUGCACAACGAAGGAAUUAUUCACUUCGAGACGUCUGUAUGAGAAAGAAUGUCAUAUAGCACCACUCAAAGGCCCUCCUGUGGUCGACGCCGCCACUCUAAUCCCUCUUAUUCUUGCGUCGUUUUUCUUCCUUAUAAGAAUGAUUGCCAAGUGCAGCGGCCUUGCCGGCGGAUGGGGAUUGGAUGAUUAUACAAUAAUCGUUUCAUAUGCCUUGGGAGUCGCCAUAUACGUUUGUUAUGUUUACUCUAUCCUCAAUGGCUUCGGCCAAAAUAUCUGGGACAUCCCUUUUCCCACAAUCACCAGGUUUUACCAGUAUUUUCAAGGUCUUGCUGUGAUGUAUAAGGUUCAGAUUUCUCUCGCAAAGAUCUCUGUGUGCCUCUUCCUACUCCGCAUCUUUAGAUCACGGACAUUCCGCACCUUGGCAUAUGCGCUCAUCGGUAUCAACGCCGCCAUCGGUAUCUCUUGGGCCUUUGUGGAUUCCCUCCGCUGCUUGCCGGUACGCCUAACAUGGACCGGCUGGAUGAACGAGGAACCCGCUCAGUGCAUCGAUUUCAUCAGCUCGAUUCUCGUCAACUGUCUGGUGAACAUCAUUGUUGACUUUAUAUUAAUCAUAAUUCCGGUGUAUGAGGUGAUCAAAUUGCAGUUGCCUUUACAAAAGAAGCUAUCUGUGGGGCUGAUGUUUAUUGUGGGCUCUGUUCUCUUAAUCAUUGCGAUAAUCCGAGUCGUCGUCUUCUGGAACAACCGCUGGGGCGCCAAUCAGACUUUCGGUCUAUAUCCCGUUACUCACUGGACGGUCAUUGAAUCUCAGAUUGCUGUUAUGUGUGCUUGCCUGCCUGCAUUCAGAGCUAUUAUCGUUCAAUGGUUCCCACGGUUCCUGGGAGGAACGACGUCCCGAACGAAUCCAAGUCGCACGGCUGAUGAUUCUAACAACAUAUCCAGGGCGAGCGGCAAGAUCAACAAGUCUAUUACCUACUCGGUGAAUUAUGAGGCUCGAUUGGCAACGCAUAGUGACGUGGAGUUGCCGGAUGUUGAUUCGAAACAGGGGCCAUGA